AGCUUCCUCUGUCUUUGCUUCACGGUUCUGCACAGGAAAUCCAUUGCGGUGUCAAGUCCCAGAGAAGUUUCUUCUCUUCCAAGUCAGACUAAAGCACGCGAGUGGAAGGAGUUGGCAGGCAGGACGGGGCUGCUCCCUGCGGAUGGGUUAAGAGGUGCGCUACCACGCAGAAGCCAACCCGAGAGAAGAGAAGAGGGAUCCUGGUUAUGGUCACUGCUGCUCCCUUACCUCUGAGGAGAAAAAGUACCGAGUGAGCGGCGGAAAACCAGAAAACCGAAAUGUUUUGCUUUUGGAGAACUUCUGACCUAGCAGUGCUCUUAAUAUGGGGGGUCUUUGUGGCUGGGUCAAGUUGUACUGAUAAGAAUCAAACAACGCAGAACAACAGUUCAGUUCCUGUGUCAGUAGUUAACACUACAGUGUCUGUACAGAUGGGUUCAAAGGCUCUGCUCUGCUGCUAUUCUACUUCACUGACAAAAGCAGUAUUAAUCACAUGGAUAAUAAAGCACAGAGACCUGCCUUCCUGCACAAUAGCAUACAAAGUAGAAACAAAGACCAAUGAAACCAACUGCUUGGGCAGGAACAUCAUCUGGGCCUUCACACCUGACUACGGUCCUGAACUUCAGAUCAGUGCAGUGACCCUCCAGCAUGAGGGGAAUUACUCAUGUGAGACAGUAACACCUGAAGGGAAUUUUGAAAGAAACUAUGACCUCCAAGUGCUGGUGCCCCCUGAAGUAACCUACUUUCCAGGGAAAAACAGAACUGCAGUCUGUGAGGCAAUGGCAGGCAAGCCUGCUGCACAGAUCUCUUGGACUCCAGAUGGGGACUGUGUCACUAAGAGUGAAUCACACAGCAAUGGCACCGUGACUGUCAGGAGCAAGUGCCAAUGGGAGCAGAACAAUGUGUCUGUUGUGUCCUGCUUUGUCUCUCAUUUGACUGGUAACCAAUCUCUGUCCAUAAAACUGAGUAGAGGUGGUGACCAAUUAUCACCACCAUAUAUUCCAUACAUCAUAACAUCUAUUAUCAUUUUGAUCAUCAUAGGAUGCAUUUGUCUUUUGAAAAUCAGUGGCUUCAGAAAAUGCAAAUUGCCCAAAUCAGAAGCUACUCCAGCUGUUGAGGAGGAUGAAAUGCAGCCUUAUGCUAGCUAUACAGAGAAGAGCAAUCCACUCUAUGAUACUGUGACUAAGGUGGAGGCAUUUCCAGUGUCACAAGGCGAAGUCAAUGGCACAGACUGCCUUACUUUGUCAGCCAUUGGAACCUAGAACCAAGAAAAACGAAGUCAAGAGACAUCAUAAUUACUGCUUUGCUUUCUUUAAAAUUCGACAAUGGAAGGACUACUUGGAAAUUAGCUCUUCCAAAGCUCUUAAAAAGCACCAAUGUUCUAUGAAUUUGCAUUUAAAUUCUAUCAUUGGAAGUUUGGAAUCUCUGCUGCUACCUGUUAAUUUUAGAAAGAACUGAUUUAAUUAUUACAAAGAAAGCACAUGGUUAUGGUGAAAUAUCAAAUUGUGCAAUAAAGUAUGAUGAAAACUGAGUUUCCUCAAGAAAUAACUGCAGGAAGAACAAUCAUCACUAAAGAAUUUCAAGUGAGUUCUUCCAAAAAAAUUCCUGUGUAUACAUGACUAUGGUAUGUGUGUGCAAUUACAUGUUUAUUUACAAAUGUGUAUAUAUGCACACAUCUGCUUUUCAGGACAUCUCCUUGUCAAAAACACACUGGAGUUCUGGAUUUAUAAAAGCUUAUAAAGUGAGCAUUGGAGAUAUUUUUAUAUAAGCAUAAGUAAAUCUACCUCAUUCUUUUUAAUGGCUACAUAGAAUUCUCCUGUAUGAUUACAUGUAAUUUAAUUAAUCAUGGCCCUUAGAUGGGCAUUUAGAUUUUGCGUUGUGUGUGGUAUUAAACAAAACCAUGUGGAAUGUUUGUUGUGGUGAAUCUCUGCAUUAUUUGCAUUAUUAUUUGAGUGCACCUGUGAGAUAAUUUCUUUGAGUGUAAUGGUCCUGUUAGUUGGAAUGCAUUUUUAUUAUUAAUAGAUAGUCAAACUGUCAGUUUACAUUUUCUCCAAUUGUGUUUGAAUGUGCCUUUCUUCAUAUUCUUAUUCUUAUAUUUUUUAUAUUCUUACUUUCACAUUUAUACUUUCCAUGUUUAAUUGACCAGUUGGAUGAUAUGUCUUACAUUUAUGAUAUUGACUCAAUUAUUUAAUGGAACUGGACUCAUAUCUUUGUCAACAUGAGAGAGAGAGGAAGCAUUUGUAAUGACAGUAUUUCCAACUCCUUGUAUUGCUACAAAAGUGCUGCCAUGUCAUGCACAACAGUUUUAUGGAUAUUAUGAAUUGUGCAUUAAAAUUUUUUUUUUA